AUGUCAAAAAAGAAAAGAGUGGCUGUGUCGUUUGAUUUAGAGUCAGUUAAACAUCGUAUGAGAGAAGAAGAUGUUUACGCAGACGGUAUUCGCAAGCAUCUUGAUGCGCUCAGAAAUGUCGACAUAAAGCGCGUUGCGUCGACACUGAAAGAAGCCGAAAUUCUUCAAGUUUUGGUAUGUAAGCUUGGCGUUGAAACAUUAGAAACGUUAAGAAAAGCAGCGCAACACGUUCCGAGGAAUAUUUGUAGAGUUGUGAAUGAAAAAUCCUUACGGAUCGACUACAUCCAUAAAAUUUUCACACUCGUGUCGACAAAUGUUAACAUGGCAAUACAAGAUGUCGAGUUUUAUGUAAACAUAAUGGAAUCGUAUUGUCCAUCCCUUUUCUUGACGCAAGACGUGGACGACAAGCUAUUAGAGCUAACUAAGUCGGAAAAUAUGUCGUUCAUCAAGUUUCUUACGCCACCCGUUAGUGCGUGUCUUCGAUGUGGCAAGUCAUUGACGAUGCGAAAUUACCCUGCGAAGGUUAAACUUUUCUCUGUGAAUGGUCCAAUACCAUGCUCCAAAAUAACGCUGGAAUGUAGAGAUUGUUCCUGUGCUUAUGGUGUAUGCAAUUUCUCGAACAAAGAGGGCACUCAUCUCUAUCCAAUAGACACCAAAGUCAAUAUUGUGGAAGUGAGCAACAUCACAUAUGUCGAUUUGAAAUUAUAUAAAUGGUUCCCGUCUCUGAGGUAAGCAAAUUAUAAGGCCUGUUUCAAACGUCGCGCUUCUCAUGUGCCGAACGCAUUAUCAACUGAUUAUCUAUUGUUUUUAAUGCGUUCGGCACAUGAGAAGCGCGACGUUUGAAACAGGCCUAACAUUUCAUUUAUAUAGCCAGUUUGUCAGUAUGACGACAAUCGAAACACGCAAGUUGCAACUGUCAUUUUCUCAAGUUCCUAUCACUUCCGUGUUGAGUCGAGACAAUAUAAACAAAUCAAAAGGACAAAAAUCUUGCCUACCACAGUCCCAAAUUUAAUUUUCAUUGUUUUGAAACUCUAUUAUUAAUAAACGGUCAAUAUAUUUUUAAAUCUUAUUCGGCAACAUGUCCUGUGUUUUAUCUUCGUAUCAAACCGAAAUAUAGCAUUGCGUGCUUUGAUUGGUAACUCUGGCAGUUUGGGAACACAUGUCAUAUGUAAUGUGUUUACAUAUUUAACUACCGCAAAAUAAAUUUCAUUCAUUGGCACUGAAUUUUGCAUGUUUAAUAUUUCGUAUCUUUGUUUCACGUUAUAUGAUUUCGCCUCGCAAAGAACAUCUGGAACCAGGGUAAUAAUAAUGUGAUUUAAAAAUGGACAUAUUUUUUGAAAAAAAUACUUUUAAUUUGUCAAAUGAUAUAGGAAAAAUAUUAGUCCUCGUAACUUCGUUUUGGAUUUGUUAUUUUUCGUCAGGAACUUGAGAGUUGAGAAAUUGACAGUUGCACUUUGGCAAAUUACUCCAAGCAAAUUGCAACGUAUCAACAUUGCAAAAUUGAUUGCAAUGUUGCAAAUACUGUACUCAAGGGAACAGAACAUCCGGUUUGACUAGUGUAAUAAUUGCAAAAAUAGUUCACAGUUAAAAAUAGUUAAUAGCUAGUUAAUAAUUGCAAAAUUCUGUUUUCUCUAUAUGAUUGUGCAGUAAUCAUUGCUGGGUAUCAUUUAUGGGGUUUGCUGAAGCAUAUAAUGACAUAUUUGAAGAAUGUAUCUCUAAAUACACAGUGGUUUUUACUGGGCAUCGAGUUGAAGGUGAGAAAUGCAUAACUAAUUGUGAAAUUAUCAGAAUUUCAAUGUAAUUAAUAAAUUAUAUGGUUAUGUAGUUGGGAGAUUGAUUCCGUAUUUUUGUUAACCCACUGGCAUUACCCUACCACUGAUGAGUGAAAUUGUAUGGGGUAUAUGACAGAGUAUGGUAUAAACAAACUAUAGAUACAUACUGGUACAAUGCAUUUGAGCACAUUGCAAGCAAAUAGACUAUUAAAUACAUACAUAUUUUCAUGUAUAAAUUUAUAGACUCUACAAAUGAUGAUCAUGAAGAAUCAACUGGGAAGGAAACUAUAGGUUUGUAAUUUAUAUUGCCUAUUUACCAGUAACAAUAUAAUUUAUUUAAUUAAUUUAACGGGAGUUUGUUAUUAUAUGUUGGAAAAAUGUCUCUCAAUGAUUGGGCAAAUUUGCUCUUAAAUUUGUUUACAAACUGCAAAGACCAAUAAAGCAGAAAUCAUACCCACAAUGCCACUUCUAUUGUGCCAUCAAAAUUAUGUGUAUUGAAGUGAUAGAUGGUCCUUCCCUAUUUAUGAGAUGCUUCCAGGAUAAAUGGCAGUAAAAUUACCAUGAGUUUCCCCAACUUAGCUAUUCUAUUACAGUUGAUUUCACAUAACUUUUCCGUGAAUGUUGCGAACUUCGUUUUCGAACUUCGUUGUGAAGUUCAAAAGUUCAUACUGAAAUUCACAAGUCUGUUUGUAAACAAAGCCUCUGAUUGGUCCCUUAACAAAAAUAAGCCAAUUAGAGGCUAGGUUUACAAACCGACUUGUGAAUUUCAGUAUGAACUUUUGAACUUCACAACAAAGUUCGGGGCAUGUAGUAAAACACUGACUACCGGAACACCACCAUUUUGUUUGGGUUAGGUGGUGUUCCGGUGGUGUUCUAGUGGUGUUCCGGUAGUCAGUGUUUUACUACAUGCCCGAAGUUUGGAACGAAGUUCGCAACAUUCACAGAAAAGUUAUGUGAAAUCAACUGUAAAGAGAGUACAAGUACAAUGUAUGUUUUAUAGAUAUAUUUAUUUUACCCAAAAAUGGUGAAUAUAUUGCAUGUCUAUGACAGUAAUAACAUUGUUCUGUAUAUUGUUAACAAGAUAAACUUUGGGAAAGAAAAAAGCUUGUUAGCUUAACCCAUUAAACUGCAGAACUUCGCCACUGCCAAGUAAAAUUGUCUGGCAUUAGACAAGUAAAUAAAAAAGGAGGGCGCACUGGGGCACACAGCGGCUCAAUGGGUUAACUAGAGACAUUGUUAGAUUUUUUGUUAACCCAUUGAGCUGCAGAGCCUCCCCAUUGAUGAGUAAAAUCGUCUGGCGUUAGACAAGUAAAAAAAAAGUAAGGCACACUGGGGCGCAUUGCGGCUUAAUGGGUUAAUUCAUUCUGUCUGAUUGUCAAAUUUAACUUGUUCUACUGCUAGUUUCACAUCAACUUGGGUGUCAAUUAUUUCAGCACUAAUUAUGGCUACUGGUCCCAUAAGGCAGGUGGCUACCCAUUGCAGGUAUUUUAUAGUAAAAAUGCCUGUGCUGGUAAAAGUGUUUGCAAACCAUAUGUGCUUGUAAAACAUUGUGGUCCCAAAUUGCAAACCAUAUGUGCUUGUAAAACAUUGUGGUCCCAAAAUGCAAGUUUCACUGUAUAUAUGAGAACUCAACCUACCCCCCCCAAAAAAAAAUAAAAUUGGGCAUUACCAUUGAUAGAUCCAUUGCAGUUAUUACAUGAUGAACUUUUUACAAUUUACAGGCAUUUUACCUGGGGAGUUGUCUGCUAAAGCAAUUGCUCGUUGUUUUUGGCAAAAAGAAGUUGAAGAAGAGCUGGCAUCUUUAGGGCUUCGAGAUAAAUGGGUAUUUGGUAAAGAAGGAGGAUUGCUGUCUGGGACAUUGGAAAUGGCAAUGGGAAUGAUUGAUAAAAUCCGUUCUGAGCAAUUGUACACUCAUGUUUGUUCUACACAUUGUAGAAGCAAAGGUAUUUUGAACAUUUUCUGAUUUACAGUACAUAUAUACAUUAACUGUCAAGCGUUCCACCUGUCCUACUCAUUUUACGCCUACAGACUAAUAUAAAUUUGAUAUAUUUGUAUAGUUAUCUUCUAUUUAAAACAUUUGAGUAUGAGUGUUUUAUCAGAUAUGAAACACUUGACAAGAUCUGAUAAACAUCUUACUUGUAUAAGAUCAUCAGUUAAGGUUUGUGUAAGGUAAAUGAAUCUUCAUCACAUAUAAAACACCUGAUCAGUUUAGUGAUUUCUUGAUGUUUUUCUUGAGUUAUUAAGCUGCAGAGCUUCCCCAUUGACAAGUAAAAUCGUCUGGCAUUAGACAAUAAGUAGGGUGCAUUGGGGCACAUUGCAGCUCAAUGGGCGGGGUUAAUGAGUUUUUAAGUUGUAGUAACAAUUUAAUCGCUAGCAUCUUGCUUGGGACUUGUGUCCUCAGUGUUUAUGCUUUAAAUUUUGUAGGUUGUGGUAAGUUGUAUGUUGCUGAUGGCAACUGGAAACUUCGAUAUGCCCACUGUAUGUGGAAGGUCCCUGUCUCGAUCCCUGGAUUUGGUCAGAUUAAUUAUCCAAGUAUUUGUCCUUUGUCGCCCAAGCGUGGACAUGCAUUCUGCGAGAAGCAUUGCAUCAAGGCUGGCCAAUUGGGUUAUCCUACGGAAUUAAAGGAAUUUUAUAAACAUUGUGGAGUUGCUAAUGUAGACAUUAAUUCAGGUUUGUUUGUUUGUUUGUUUAGUUGAUUAACCCAUUGAACUAGAUAUGAGCAAUCCAAAAUAGUCAUUAAUUAAGGGUUUAUUAGGUUUAUACAUUGUACCACAGAGUGUCAACUGAGCAGCAUUUAUAUAUAUAUAUGUCACAUUUGUUAUAAACAUGAAACUAUUGGUAAAAAAAAACUAUCCCAUGAACUAUUAUUAGUCAAAUCAUGAUCACUUGAUAUUGACCAAAUUUCUUUCUAAUAAGGAUUAUGGGGGAGACAUUACAUAAUAUCAAAGGGAAACACUGUACCGGUAAUGUUUUGCUCUGUAAUAUUUCUCUCAUCAACAUUCAGGCUGCAAUGUCACCCUCGGGCUAAAGCCCUCAGGUGAUAUUAGAGAUUUUGAGCAUGCAACCUUUUUGAAUGACGACAGCAGUUCUUGCUUGAAAUCAAAUCAAUGCCAAUGGCAAUUUGAUGCAUGGGUUUUCACAUAACAUAACAUACUUUAGGAUGUAUGUAUGUAUAGGGUAUACAUACAUACAUACACACACCCACACACAUGCAAGGUAAUUGGUGAAGCUUAAAUUAAUAACUAAAUAUUUAUAGAGAAAUUUAGUCAAUUCUAGACUUAAUAUAGUUAUAUAUGUCUUUGUAUAAUAAUUUGUAAUUUGCUAAUAUUAAUUUUUGUAGCACUUGAAGAGAUGUCAUCACAAAUUGUACUUACAGGUAUUACAGUAUAAUGGAUAGUAAUUAACCAGUUGCUAUCUCAAGUUUUUUUUCAUUAAGCUAUUUAAUAGUAAUUGUUGCAGAUUCCACUCCUACUGUAGUUGCAUUGUAUUGCUUUUUUACAAAUAGUAUAAUUUAUGUAAUAAAAUAAUAUUUAAGUUUCUCAACUUGCUUGGAAUGGGCAACAACUUAUUUUUGUUACCUUGUUUACAGAUACCUCGUAUGACAACAUAGAUGCAUGUCUAGACAAUUUUGCAGAAGCAAGUUAUGAUAUCAACAAUGACGAUGUGAAUGCAUCUUCAUUUCAAGGUAUUUACUAAAACGCAGUGUGAGAUUGUUGAUAAUUAGGCUAAAAGGUCAACUAUGAAAGCAGUCUCCUAAAGUAUGGUGCAUUUCAGCAUACUUAUUAAAGUAGUUACUGAAUUGUAUUGAUUCUUCUUUUUUCUUAUUUUCUCUUUUCUUUGUUUUUCUUAGGAACUUCUGAUUUUCUAAGUUCAAAUCCUGGUUUUGUUGAAGAUCAAUCGCAGAUUAAAGAGACUGUGUGUAACAAAGAUACAGGUGGUCUUAAGGCUUAUCACAGUUGGUCUCGUGGUAUAUUUUUUAUUGUGAGCGCAGGGGGCCACAUUGAGUAUUGGCAGCCAUUAUAUAGGUAUGUAUUUAUUUUUUCGUUUCACUGUUAUAUUAAGGAAGGGUAUUAAAUAAAUAUAGAUUUGCAGAAUUGCUAAAUCCUGCAUUUAUGUUCCAUUUUCAUAUCCUCUAACAAUUUCCAAGAACCGUAGUAGACACUGAAGUGAUAUUAUUAUCAACUCUUAAAACAUUUGAAGAAAUAGAUUCUGUGUUUUUUGUUUUUUUUAUUUAAUAAAUUUGAUUUUAUGAAACUAUAUUUAAAGGUCUGAGUCACCAACACAAGCUUUUUUGGUGACAAUUUUGUGGUUGUACAGAAAAUUUAAAGAUCUCAAAGAACACCACUCUGAUGAAGAAAUUAAGGAAGCAAUGUCUUCCAUUUGCUUGGCUUAUGACAAUAUGUGUCAUAUGGACAAUCUCCGUGUGUCGAAGUCAGAUCUCCCAUUGCCUGAACCAUUCAACGAAGCUUGGAAGUUGAUAGCAAAAGUCAUUGAUAGGCUUCACUUACGAAAUCAUGUCGAUGCCAAAUGCAAAGAACUUUAUGAUGCUGAUAAAAUAGUUCCACCUGGUUUCAAUACAAUGGCCUGUGAGCAAACAUUUGUUUGGGCGAGCCGAUUUAAAAAGGUUAUUUGUGCUAUGCCCCAUACCCAUCAAUUUUUCUUUCUGCAUCGCCUUGUGAAAUACAGAAACCAGUACACAGAAAAAUGUCAUCGUCUUCAAAAGGCUCCAGUUCUACCAAAACUUCAUGUGAAGUAAUGCAAUUUUAAUAUUGUUAUUAUUGUAAUGAUUGCUAGAAAUCAACGGGCCAUUCCAUAUAAUGUACACCCUCCCCUAUGGACGCGAAUAUGUCUGAGGGGGUUUGAAAAAGCCAUUUCUGAGGGGUUGUGUGCAUCAGCAUCCUUUGAUCUAAGGCAAAACAUUUUUAAUUUCUGGGGGGGGGGGUUGCAUCGGCACUUCUUUUUUUCUUUGGGGUUCAAAUAUUAAUGAACUCGUCCAUAGCCAUAGGGGAGUGUGUACAUUAAAUGGAAUGGCCCAACAUAAGCAUGCAUAUAAACAGUUUUGUGUAUAGUAUGGUCAGUUAAAGGGAAUCUCCACUGCUGCAAUAAAUAUGAACUGAAUACAUAGUGAAAUGUAUCUUAAAUGUAUCCUUCAUUUGUAACUUGCUUUGGAAGUCCAUUUGGAAGUAGUUUGCUCUGAACCAUGGAAGUCGCCAUCAUGAUUUUGAUGACGUAACCAUAGUCAGCCCAAAAAUGCGUGUUGAAAUUUUUACCCUCGUGCGUGGCGCUCGGGCAUGCAUCGAGUCUACUCAGUUUAUUAUUAUGAC